AUACUUCAGCGACAUGUGGGCAAAUCCAGAAUAUUUUGGCAGCUCGUCCAAUCAGUCGGCAGAUGCCUGGUUGCCAGCGUAUGAUGGUGUACUUGUGGACAAGAUUGGGUUUGAAAUCAAUGGCUAUGAUCAAGUAUUUGAGCUAAGUCCUGACAUGCAAGGCAAAUAUUCUCUUCGCGAUCUUGUUUUACGAGAAGAAUCUGUCGCUUACACGCCCACAGUUCAAGGCCAACUAGAUCCAUUUAACUUGAAGUUGGCGUCAGCGCCACUUGCUUACUGUACAAACUUUGGAACAAACCCUAUUGUUCUGAACAACCAGCAGUACCACAAUUGCCACGCGCUGGUCAGGAUCGGAGCGCCGCUUGCUAAUGCGGUUCGUACGGGAAUGUUUAAACUGCAAAUGGGGGAGAAGUGCAUUCGCCCUAAUUUGAAUUUUACCGGCAAUCUUGAAUUGAAUACAGAACUUGUUGCUUGGGACGGUUGCACUGAAGAUUGGCAUCGAUUCACGUACAGAGCCGAUGGAACAUUCAAACAUUCAGGUGCUACAGUAAAUUGGUGGUGUCUUGGUCUUCAAGACGACGUACCGGCAUCGGGCACACGUGUGGUUAUCAAGUACUGCACAUCAGCUGCAAAAUUCACUUGGAGAUCUGAUGGAGUCAUUACGCUAAAUGACAACAGCUCUCUGUGCUGGUCUAUUGAAGGACAUUCUACUACACCAAGCAAUGGAAUGAGACUCCAGUUAUCAGAUGGAUGCGAUUAUGAAUCCAAUUCAGUGUCUCAGUUCAGAAUGUUCAGCAACGUGAUGGAGAGCAGUUGUGGUCAAACUGAGGCUGCUGAAGGCGUUGGUAUCUAUAAUGGUUGUAAUCGAAAGUCCUUAUCAGCCGGACGCAUGACCUCCGAUAAUUUGAUAUUCAAGCCAGCAGCUGUGUGGGUCUAUGGCAAGCCCAAGUGUCACCCAACGACUUCCAGUGGAUGCAAUGCUGCUAUUGGUUACUGCACAUGCAAACACGGAUACUUUGGCGCUGCAUGUGAGUAUCAGUGUCCGGAUGGACGAUAUGGAAGAAACUGCAGAGAUAUUUGCCAAUGCAAGAACGGAGCUUUGGUGAAUGAAUAA